UGUGUGUGUGUGUGUGUGUGUGUGUGUGUGAGUGUGUGUGUGUGCGUGUUCCUUUUGGUCCUGGACCACCAUGGGUUCAGAUGUACGUGACCUGAACUCCCUACUAGCUCCAGUCCCAGCCGGGCCCAGUCCAAGUUGCCCGGCCCUCCCAGUCAGCACGGCCCCUCAGUGGGCUCCCGUCCUGGACUUCCACACCGCCACCUCCCCUUACUCAUCUCUGGGAGCCCCUCACACAUCCCUCGGGCCGCACUCCUUUAUCAAGCAGGAGCCCAGCUGGGGGAGCACGGGUGACCCCCACCACCUGGACUCGGAUCCUCACUGCGGCCUCAGCGCCUUCACCGUCCACUUCUCGGGGCAGUUCACGGGCACGGGGGCCUGUCGGUACGGGGCUGCCUUCGGGGCGCCCCCUCCUGCGCCGGCACCCGCCGCCCAGCCACCUUCAGUCGGUGCCGCGCAUCAUCACCAACCCCCGGGCAGGAUGUUUAGCAACCCGCCAUACCUGACCAACUGCAUGGACGCACAGCCUGCCGCCCGCAACCAAACAGGUUACGGCACAGUUGCGUUUGAUGGUGCCGGCAAUUACGGUCACACUCCGUCUCACCCCGGCUCGCAGUUCCCCAACCACUCCUUCAAACACGAAGACACUUUAAGUCAUCAGAAUGCCCUUGCAGAGCAGCAGUAUCCUGUGCCACCUUCUAUGUAUGGAUGCCACACGCCUUCAGACAGCUGUACAGGCAGUCAGGCUCUGCUGCUGAGGAACCCUUACAACAGUGGUGAAAAUUUAUAUCAAAUGACCUCUCAGUUGGAGUGUGUGGCUUGGAACCCUGUCAAUACACUGGCAUCCACCGUGAAGAGUCACACAGGAGGCUACGACAGUGACCCCAGCGCCCCCAUGGUGUACAGCUGCAGCACACAGUACCGCAUACACACGCAUGGCGUCUUCAGGGGAAUACAGGAUGUAAGGCGGGUGCCCAGCAUUGCUCCAGCAAUAGUUCGAUCGGAGAACAGCGAGAAGCGUCCAUUCAUGUGUCCACACCCAGGGUGCAACAAGCGUUACUUUAAGCUGUCUCAUCUGCAGAUGCACGGUCGCAAACACACAGGGGAGAAACCUUACCACUGUGACGUUGCAGAAUGUGGUCGGGGCUUCUCUCGCUCUGACCAGCUCAAAAGACACCAGAGGAGGCACACAGGUGUUAAACCCUUCCAAUGCGAGACGUGUCAGAGAAAGUUCUCUCGGUCUGACCACCUUAAGACACACACCCGGACUCAUACAGGUAAAACAAGUGAGAAGCCGUUCAACUGCCGUUGGCCAAACUGUCAGAAGAAGUUCGCCCGCAGUGAUGAGUUGGUGCGGCACCACAACAUGCACCAGAGGAACCUCUCCAAGCUCCAAAUGGCCAUCUGAGUCUGUGUUCACUCACCGUCGCAAAACGGGAGCUUUGCACGCAUCUUGUUGAUACUUUUAUUCAUCCAAGUCAACGCGGUCCAUGGGGAGGUUUCCCAAGGUCAUUUCAUUUCUUUCCUUCUCACAAAUACGUGCUCUCACGAAAUACACGUGCCCGUUCUUUUUUGGAGUUCAAGUGAUCCUCGUGCUUGAUAAUGAAGAUUCAAAUUCUUCGCUUCUGCCCGAUCUUACCAUGACUCACUCUGAGCAAUUAAUCAAGUUUCACCGAAAAACGUUGCGAGCCACACUUUGACCCAAGAGCAUAAAAGCGAUUGAAUGAUUGCGG